AUGGCAGAAAUACAGAAUGCUGCGGCACUAGAGGCCAAUAUGGCGGAAUUGAGUGUAGAAGAGCAAUCCAAAGGAGAAGCUUCACUGAAGAGUUCAGCAUCUGCCAAUUCAUUCAGAGAACUUCAAUUCCAAGCUCCAUAUGGACUUGGGGGACCAACUCGCCAAACUGUGAUAGUAGCGUUGUGUGUAUCUCGGAUGAGCUUUGCCAUACAGCAGAAUUCGGGUGACAUGCUCGUUACAGCUGAAGUCAUGCCAUUAAUCAUACUCAAUGAUGGAGACUCUACAGCUGAAGAUGUGCAGACAAGUCUGAUGAAGAAGACCGAACACAAAAUCACCUGCCGGCGUGUGCGCUAUGAAACUGAGGACGAUGAUUUCUUAGACGUGGACUAUUUCGACUGUACAGACAAUCCAUGUAGGUAUCUGUACCGAGAGAUGCAACUGAACCCCAAUACCACACUUAUAUACAGACAAGCGCGUCUCUACUAUGCUGGGGACAUAUACGAUCCGGGCUUUGUGCUUGAAUGUAUUAUGAAGGAAUAUCCCGACGCGAUGAUAGGCUUAUGCGGAUUCUCGCUCGGUGCAAGUCAAACUCUCAACUACAUGUGCCAUAGAGCAAAGGACUAUCCUGAUCGCUUGAAACUUGCGGUGGCCAUUUCUCCUCCGCUUUAUCUCGACAAAGGCAUCAUCGCCAUGGAGAAACCAGCAGGCAAGAAAUGGAACAACUAUUUGCUGUCUGGUCUGAAGACCCUGGUCAAGCCUCUAGAGCCGGUCUUGGAGAAGAAGAUAGAUAUGGCGAAGGUUUAUGCUGCAAAAUCCAUGAGAGAGUUCGAUACUGUUUUCACAGCGCCUCUGCACGGUUUCGAGAGUACAGAACAAUACUACUCCCAGUGCAGUGCUGGCCCGUUGUUGGGGCAAAUCGAACGCUCGACUCUGGUCAUCCGGUCUGGCGACGAUCCAUUCUUAGCACCAGAAGACGUGGAGUGCCCUCAUCUGCGGACGAAUCCAAACAUCACAGCGCUGCUGACAAGUCAAGGGGGGCAUGUAGGGUUUAUCGAGCGCCGGGGUGUGCAGCUGCUGCCAUGGGCUGAGCGUGUAGCAGCGGACUGGUGUGCGGCUAUCUUUGGCAUCGCUGAUGAGAAGAGCCCUGGGGAAAUGGAGUUAUAGACGGAUGUGUAUGGGUGUAUGUAGGACAUAUCAAUAGAUCAUUAGAUAAACCAAUAAAAAUCUAGCACAAUUGGUAAUGAAGUAGUAUGUAGUCGGACAUAUAUGUGUGCAUGACACAUCAAUAGAUCAUUAGAUAAGCCAAUAAAAUGCUAGCACCAUUUGCA